AUGGACUCGGCUGCUUUCCUCCUGUGUUUCGUUUUUGCAAUCGCCCAUAUACAGUCACUUGUUGCGGACUUACCUAACCAGGCAGAAAACAUUGGCGGAGAAACCUUAAAUCAACAAACUAUGGCAUUAAGCAGGCUCAUAAACCACAAUUCUAUGCCCUCGGAUGGAUCAGUGCGUGUUGAUUCAAUGACUAUGAUCGAUCCAGCAGAAGAUGAGAACGAGCAAUCCAGAAUAGAUCCACACCCGUAUAUUCAUCCAUCAAUAGCCGGAACUCUUACCGUUCCUCAGGGCUCUCCAUCUGUGAUGCACCAAACUGUGGAAGCUCCGAACGUGUUCCCAUGGUUUAAAUUCAAUCAUGGCCACCUAUUUCAAAAACUUCUAAGUAAUAUUAGUACAGAGGGAGUGGAAGAAUUUAUGAACAUAACACUAGGCGCUGAGAACUACACAAUUGCUGAGAUGAAGCAGAAGAUGUCAGAAUGGGCUAACGAGAACGGUGUGAUGGAGCAACUUGACAUGUUUAAAACUAAAGGUGAAUCGAAGAAAGGCGAGAUCAUAGCAAAUGCCACUAUGAUUAUAAACUCACUGCCAUCGCUGUUCCAGCAGCUAGUGGGCAUCAUUCAGAACGAGCAACAAACAGUCAAAGAUGGAUUAAACGCGACUGACGCUUACCUCCAGUCCCUGGAUCCGGCCACUAAGCAGAUCAUGUCGGUUGUCACCAAAAUUACGGGCGUUGACAUGUUUCUGUUUAAGCCUCAUCACAAAAGCAGCCACGGAUUUACUGGCCAUUUUGAUAUGUUCAGAAGGGGAGGAGAUCAUAGGCCAGUGUUCCCAGAACGUAAUUCUUUCUCACCACAGAUUUCUUCUCAGAUCGGUGACUCUGCAGCGGAAAGCGGAAAUGAUAACGUUAGCGAAAAUGCAGUUGCGGGAGUGCAAUCUCAACAGCAAAGCAGUUGA